AUGCCCCAUCUCACCCGCGACGGCGUCCGGCUGUACUAUGAAGUGCACGGCCGCAGCGGGCCCCCCUUGCUGCUGACGCACGGCUACUCGUCGACGUCGGCCAUGUGGGCGGGCCAGAUCGGGCCGCUGUCGCAGGCGUUCACGCUCAUCCUGUGGGACAUGCGCGGCCACGGCGCCUCCGACUACCCGGCCGACCCGGCGGCGUACAGCGAGGCGCACACAGUGGCGGACAUGGCGGCGAUCCUGGACGCGGCGUGUGGGCGCGACACCCGCGCCAUCGUCGGCGGCCUCUCCCUCGGCGGAUACAUGUCGCUGGCUUUCUACCGCGUGUACCCGGCGCGGGUGCGCGCGCUGCUCAUCAUCGACACGGGACCCGGGUUCAAGAAGGACGCGGCGCGCGACGAGUGGAACCGCACGGCGCACGCCACGGGCGCCCAGUUCGAGCGCAAGGGCCUCGCCGUCCUGCAGGGCCUCAGCGCCGAGCGGGCCACCGUGACACACCGCGACGCCACCGGCCUGGCUCUCGCCGCCCGCGGCAUGCUGGCCCAGCGGGACUCGAAGGUCAUUGAGUCGCUGCCCACCAUCAAAGUGCCCAGCCUGGUGGUCGUCGGCGCCGACGACACGCCCUUCCUGGCCGCGAGCGAGUACAUGGCCAACAAGAUCCCCGGGGGAAGGAAAGUCGUCGUCCCCAACGCCGGACACGCCGUCAACAUCGACCAGCCCGAGAAGUUCUUGGAGGCCGUCAUGCCCUUCUUGGAGGAGGUCAAGCGUAAGGAUGCGAACCCGAGGGCGUCGCUGUGA